AUGAUUUGGCGUCAAACUAGUGCAGUAAUCGAUACAAAAGGCCGUGUACAAUCGGGGUUUCUCAUUCGUUUUCGAAAUCUAAGCCAAGAUGCAUUAGCAGCACUGCGACAAGCCAUGUUGAAACACUCAAAUAAUCGACAUGUAUCUUGUGCAUAUGCCAAUGCAUGUGUAUUAAGCUCUGCUGGAUUUACCAGUGAUGAUACUGACUUGAAUAAUCAUUUCGGUGCUCGUUCUUUAUUUCAACAAAUUUUUGAGAAUGGUUUGGAAUAUAGAGGUGAAUCAUUAACACUAGAUUUCAUACGUACAACUCGAUUAACACUCGAAGAACAUUUCAGUGAAGUAAGGAAAAAAGAACUCACUAGUUUAGGUCGUACAUGCAAGAAAGUUAUUAAUGAAUGUCUGCCAUCCAAUAGCCAUCUUCGAGCGCCCUUACUCGAAGCAAAAUAUGUUCCAAUGAAACCGACCGUUGUUGACAACUGUGGUUCAUUGACACGUUUAGAAAUUUCUCAUCCUGGUUUCUUUGGAGCGACAAUACGAAAAAUUAUCGGAUCGCAUACACUCUUUAAAUUAAUUCCAAAUAAAGAGCAAGUCGACGUGGAUAAAUAUCUUCCAGAAACACUUCGGGCUUUUGCAAUGAAAAAUCCCAGCUUCACAACUCGAAUCAAGAAGUAUGUACUUUUCUCUCGAGCUGUUGUCGUUACAAUACGAAAUCAAAUGGCUGCAUGCUGGGAUGAUCAUGGCUAUUUUGCUCCUGGACCUUUGGCAUCUAUGAUGAGUAUUCACACUAAAACCGAGCCGCAUCCCUACAAUAUAGUGAUUACUGGUGAUUUUAUCAUUGGUAUGCAUAAUAGUCCAGGCUUGAAGUUUGUAGAUUGGGCGUUAUCAAAACAUGUCCUCAUAUCUGGUUAUGACGACGAUGUGCGUUUCGCUGGUGAAGCUUGGAUGGAACAUCAAGAAGAUGGUUUGGUUCUUCAUUUGUCGAACAACUCAGGCACUUAUCAACCCACUGAUGAACAACUUGAAACUGCUGGAAAGUAUGUUUCUGCUGCAUUACCCGGUCUAAAAUUAGAACUUCAUUCAAGUACAAUAUUGUCUUCAUCAAUUUCGAAGCCAGUUUGCGAAGAAGUUAACUUUUUUACAGUCAAACAUAUGCUGGUACUCAUAUUAGCAUGUAUGCUUGCGCUAUAUUUUCUUAUAUUUGGCAAAUCGAAAUCAGCACCUUGA